GAUAAAGUCGCUAAGUAUUUAUUACAUCAAACUUAUAUCAUGUGUAAUAUUCGAAACUUCAGUGGGGAAGGACGUUAUAGAAUACGAUAUAUUAAAAAUUUCUUUGACAGAUAUGAUUUUGAAGUGUGUUUUAUUAUUUUGCGUUAUGGUUAUUGUUAAUAGUGACAAUAUGAGCAGCGAUGAAUAUAUGGAUACGUUGAUCGGUUUUUUAAUUAAUGAAGAAACUGUAGAUUACGAUGAAAAUAUAGAUGAAGCGGAGCCUUUCUUGGUUGGUAACGAAUGGAAAUGUGGAAAUUGUGACAACAUUGACGAUAAAAAGUUAGUUUACAGUGAGACCAACGAUGUACAAAAUAAUAUAGACGGCUUUCCAAUAGAGAUUCAGGUCGGCGUGGCGGUACCAAACAUGCGGUGUGUCUCAGUGAAGGCGGAUCUCAGCGCCAGCGUUGUGAAGAAAGUAGCUGGAUCUUGCGGCGGCGGUGCCGUCACGUUGUCUGUCGCACCUCCACAGCACUUCGUAGUCAAUGUUUAUUCGUAGGUUCCUAUAUUUAUGUUAAUACAUCUAUAUUACUUGUUA